AUGCAUCCCCAGUUGGACAAAAACAGAUUUGACACUUGCGAGAAGUUGAUGGACGCUCUUGAAGAGUGCCACAAAAAAGAAUUUUUGAAACAGGCUUUGGGAAUGUGCAACUUCGAGAAAGAUGAACUUAGUAAGUGCUUACAUCUUACCAGAGUGGAAGAUUCCAAGGAGCGGAUCCGCUUGAGUAGACAGAGACAGAAAGAAGUUCUUGAAAGACAGAAGAAGAUCGAAGAGGAAACUUACGGUAAGAAUGGUUACUUGAAGAAAGUCAUCGAAAUGGAGGCUAAGAAAAGACAGGAAAAGUAA